AUAAAAGGAAAAAAGGAAGGGAAAAUCUGAAUUCUGAAGAACAUUCUGAAAACGAAGGAGAAGAUUGAGUUCCCCCAUUUCCUGAAUUGUGAACCUCGUGAUCUCUGUUUCCCAACCAUACACACACGUUUUUGUUUGUUUCUGAAUUCGUUUCUCUGUUGCAAAAAAGUUUCAUCCUUUAUCUAAAGGGGUUUCCCAAACAAAACAGAAGAAAAGGAAAGGGCAUUACUUGCAAAAGAUUCCUCGUUCAUCUUCUCAAUUCAAUCAUCGAAUGAACGAGAUUCAGAACUGGGUCUUCUCCAUCACCAUGGGCAGAGUAAUCAGGAAAAUGGGGUUUCUUUUGAUACCCAGAUGAGCAUGUCUUCUCUUUACCUUAUCCUCUUUCUGCAUAAGGAAACACGUUAUGCAACAGAAAACAACCACCUUUGUGUCUGUUCGGUUCAUAACAUGAUUGUAUUUCAUUGAAUUAUUCUUAUAUUACGAGGGAAGCUUCAAGGAUUGGUGUUGUUUUUUCAGAUUUGUUGGAGGGUGUUAGUUUUUCUCAUUUUGAAUCAUUGUUGUUGUUAUUAUUGUUAUUAUGUUCAAACAGAUACUCAAUAAGCUUCCUCGUAAGUCAUCCAAAGGUUCUGAACAUGGUGGAAGUGGAAACCAUGUUCAUUCAAAACAGGGGAAUUCUUCUCCUGCAUUGCAUGGAAAUUCUGAUUUAGAUGCAGGGCAUCAUCAGAAUCAUGGUAAUGUUGCAUCAUCGGGUUUGAAUGGGGAUUUGAUGUGUCUCUAUGACGAACCAUUGCCUACAUUCAGGGAUGUUCACAGUUCUGAGAAGCAGGCUUUGUUUGUGAAGAAGCUAAGGUUGUGCACUGUUGUUUUUGACUUCACUGACCCUUCAAAGAACCUCAAUGAGAAGGAGAUUAAGCGGCAGACAUUGGUGGAAUUGGUGGAUUAUGUGACCUCUGCGCAUGGCAAGUUUACCGAAGUGGUGACAUUGGAGGUUGUGAAAAUGGUGUCUGCUAAUAUAUUCAGAACAUUGAGUCCUGAGCCGCGUGAUAGCAAAUUCGUUGAAGGCCUUGAGACGGAGGACGAUGAGCCUUCGAUGGAUGCUGCAUGGCCUCACUUGCAAGUUGUGUAUGAACUUUUUCUGAGGUUUGUUGCAUCACCUGAGCUGGAUGCAAAGUUGGCCAAGAGGUACAUUAAUCAGUCCCUCAUUUUGAAGCUGUUGGAGUUGUUUGACUCCGAAGAUCCCAGAGAAAGGGAGUACUUAAAGAUGACUUUGCAUCGCAUCUAUGGCAAGUUCAUGGUUCAUCGCCCUUUCAUUAGGAAAGCCAUCAAUAAUGUCUUCUUCAGUUUGAUUUUUGAGACAGAGAAACAUAAUGGGAUUGCUGAGCUCCUUGAAAUACUGGGCAGCAUCAUUAAUGGUUUUGCUUUGCCAUUGAAAGAAGAGCAUAAACUGUUCCUUGUUCGUGCAUUGAUUCCUUUGCACAAACCAAAAUGCUUAGCAAUGUACCAUCAGCAAUUAUCUUACUGCAUUACUCAAUUUGUAGAGAAAGAUUGCAAACUCGCAGAUGCCAUCAUUAGGGGAUUGUUGAAGUACUGGCCAAUAACCAGUAGUUCAAAGGAAGUUAUGUUCCUCGGAGAGUUGGAAGAAAUCUUGGAAGUAACUCAACCUCCAGAAUUCCAGCGCUGUAUGGUGCCAUUGUUUCGGCGUAUUGCCCGUUGUUUGAACAGCCCACACUUUCAGGUGGCUGAACGAGCUUUGUUCUUGUGGAAUAAUGAUCACAUUCAGAGCUUAAUCAAACAAAAUCGUAAAGUAAUUCUUCCCAUUAUCUUCCCUGCAUUGGAGAAAAAUACUAGAAAUCACUGGAACCAGGUUGUCCAUAGUUUGACCUUAAACGUGCGGAAGAUCUUUUAUGAUCUUGAUCCUGAUCUAUUCAAGGACUGUGUGCUAGAAUAUGACAAAUAUGAAGCAAAGCAAGAUGAAGCCACUGCAAGACGUGUAGCCACUUGGAAACAAUUAGAGGAACUUGCUGUAAAGAAGGCUGCAAGUAGUGAAGCCGUGCUUGUUCAAUAACCCAUUAUUAGAUCUGCAGCUUCCUGAAGAAAUGUAGUAUUUGGGUGCUCCUUGAUGGAACUGUCUUCAUGGAUAAUGGGAUGUAUGGUUUUGAGAUAUUAUGCAGCAUGUAACACAGCAGCACAAGAGUGUAUACAACAGUAACAACAACUGAGUGGCUGUGCUGCUUGAUGUUGGUGGCAUGGAUGGUGAGUUUGCAUAUAAGCAAUACUCCUUGCCAAAUUAUUGUGAUUCAAUUUUGAUUUCUCUUUGUCCAUAUAAAAAUAUAUACUAACAUCAAAUCAUAUAUUGUCAUCUCAAUAAAAGAGUUUUGUUAUGGUAAAACUAUCCGAGAGAUCAAACUCUUACUGAGGUGACAAUACAUGAUUAAUGGUCAAUUCUGUUGUCAUUGUUAUAUUUGAGAAAGUUGGCUUUUUUCCUUUAUUUUUUUGGAGGAAACAUUACUACCCUACUUGAAGUUGUUGUAAUGUAAUUAUAUGACUAAUUGAAGAAAACUCGAGAUGUAUUUUGCCACCAUGAUAAAUUACAACUCUCUCUUUUCAACAUUUUCUGUCA